AUCACAUGCUCUUAAAUCGUGUAAAUAAGGUAUCUUAUCACUAGUAGUUCGAAAAACGGUUACCUGCUGGCACGGAACAUUUUUUUGGAGUUUGGAGAAUUUUUAACACCCGAUUUCAAAACGGUAAUACAUUAUACACACUUUUAAAUUAAAAUAUUGAACCGUCUGCCGUACCUAUUGUGAUUUGCGAGCUAAAUGUUACGCACAACUUCGAUCUAUUAGUAGACAAAAUAAGUCAAAUGGAAUCAGACAUAUCCACAUAUCCAGGAUUCUGCACUAAAUGUGGUUCAAUAUUACCUUCAUUGAGUAUGGAGGAAUUUAUUAAGUGUUAUUCGUGUAAAACUGUUUUUGGGCCAGAAAUUUAUGGAAAUGCUGUAGCUGAAUACAACAUUAUUUUGAACUCUGUAGAAGAUAUCGAUAAUGUUGUAAAAACUGAAAAUAACAAAAAUGAUGCAGAUGAUGGUCCAAUUGCCGAAAGAAGAUGUGGCCUAUGUGGUCACAACCAGAUGUCCUAUGCUGCUGUGCAAUUAAGAUCAGCUGAUGAAGGACAAACCGUGUUUUACACUUGUCUCAAAUGCAAGUUCACUGAAUCAGAAAACUCUUAAAACAAUCUCAAAAGCCGGGAAUCCAUUUUUGUACAUAACAAUGAAGUUGAAUAAAGUUAUUCUUAUUUUUAAACAUAA